AUGUCGGCCGGCAGUAGCAACAAGCGCUUCAAGGCCAAAGAUUUCCUUUGGUGUAUCCCCCUCAGCGUCAUCUGCUGCCCAUGCCUAUGCGGAGUGCUCAUGCGUGACGCAUGCAUCGACGACUACAAAUCCGACGGUACGGCCUCCGACAAGGCCGAGCUCGACCAUCAAGAAACGUGCCGCACGCAACCACCGCGUCCAGUACCGCUGAUUCGAAGACGUGCCAUCUCUUCGACGCCAGGUCGUUGGUCCAGACGCAGAAUCGACGGCCAAGCUCAAUCGAUGCUGCUCUCCAAGCUCCCGCAGGAGAUCCGGCAGAUGAUCUGGACUCUUGUAUUAGGCGAGCGCUUUUUGCAUAUCGUGCAAUGGCCUAAGCAGUUGACUCACAAAACCUGCUCAGAGGCCCGAUGGGGCCGCGGCAGCUCCCUCAAGUGCCCGCUCGCCUCGUACAGUGUGUAUCACGACAAUUUCCUUCCACUCUUGCAAACAUGUCGACAGGUCUACUACGAAGCGAUUGACAUCCUGUACACGCGGAACACUUUCGACAUCCGCCGGGUAGAUACGUUCAUCUCCCUGCACGAAUCCAUUAUACCCCAGCGCUCCAACAGCAUCCGCUAUCUAAACCUUCGGUGGCAUUUCGAGCGCAACUUCUUCGCAACCCUCCGACCCUGGUUCAAGCAGAUACGGCAUGAUCGGUCGCGUUGGGAGGAGGGAUGCGCGGCCCUUAAGAACAUGACCGGCCUCUGGGACCUCGUCCUUUCUCUGCACGUUAAUUGGGCUAAGAAAGACGCGAAGUCUGCCGUUAAGCUGCUCGAGCCACUGAAGAAGGUUACGGUCAGAAACUUGUUUGAGGUGAUAGUGUCCUGGCCGGCAACGGCAAACGAGGCCGAGGUCAGGUUCUUGAGUGAGAAGUUGCCGUUUCGGCUGGUUAGGGAUGAAGGCAUGGCAAUGCCUCACUGGUGGAAAGAGCACAAGGACUGA